GAAAGACAGAGACAGACAGAAGAGAAGAUGGCCUCAGAAGGCCAGAGUAGAGGGAGGCAGGCAUGUGGCCGGCGGAUCCGUGCCUGGUUCCUGGCCUGCAUUGUGUGUGCCAGCUGCAGGGACACAGCACCGCUGGAGACCGCUGAGGAGAGGAGGGCACGGAGGAGAGCAGAGAAGGAGCGCAGAAGGCAGCAGCGCAGGGACAGGUGCAGUAGGCUGCUGCCUGAUUGUCUCUCCUUCUUCCGCAGACGCCGCCCUUCCACCACCACCACCACCACCAACUCAGCAGCAGCACCUGAGGACGAUGAGGAGGUGCACCCUAGCGAGGUGUGCACCUACCCAGGGUACGUGGACCUUGAUGGGAUGCUGAACGCGGCCAACAGCGCCUGGGAUCCCAUGCCCCUGAAACCCUACCGUGCCAUCAGUGUGGUGAAGAUCAAAGAGCCUCGGCGGCAGGACGGCUCCCUGGUCUACACCACCAAGGCCAGCGUGUGGAGAGCUAGACCACUCCUGCAAUGGGAGAAGGUGCCACUGCGACCAGUCCUGGUGCCAACACCACCCCCACCCCCACCGCCACUACUGGUGUCCCCACCGCCACUACUGGUGUCCCCACCGCCACUGCUGGUGUCCCCUCCGCCCCCUCCACCCUCACUGGCCCCGCUGUCCCCACUGCCACUUGUCCCCACCGCCACUGAAACUCAGGCCGUUGGGUUGCAUCGUCGGGCGUGGGGAGGUGUCUGUCGGGUGUGGGGAGGUGUCUGUUGGCUCAAGGUUCUCUUGUGGGGAAUUCUUGGCUAUCACUUCAAAGAGUGGGUAAAGAAUAAGAUAUUCGACUUCGGCUGCAGACGGCUGGGGGCCAAUGAGUUCUUUGCAGAGAAGGUGGACUUCAUCAGGAGCUGGCUGUGUCACUGGUUGCCAGGCAACAUCACAGAGACAUUUCAGAUGUGUUGACGUCAGUGAUAUUGAGUGGGGCGUAACUGGACAACAGGCAAUAGAGGAGAGACAGGAAGCAAAGUUGUAAAGAGAGAUGGGGAAGAUUCGGCAGAUGAUCCGGGCUGGAAUGGAACCCGUGUCGCUGGGGCAGCAGUCCAGUGCCCAGCCUGGCCGGGUGACUACAAUAAGUGGGGGCUGUAAUAAUAAAAUGGGACUCUUACAAGGCAUGCACCUGAACACACCUGAAGAUGAUAAUCGAAUGCAGGUGAGGUUGAGCGAAGUUUGAUGGGUGCAUACACACGGGUUGGCAGAGGAGAUUCAUGAAGCAACAGAGACUGACAGGAGGACACACCAGGAGAGAGCGACGGAGAGAAGAAUGCUUCCCUGAGGGGGGAGAGAGGCGAGAGUGGCCGGGAAUCGAACCCGGGUCGCCGGCACAGCACUUCAGUGCCCAGCUGCUUGAGCCACGACCGGGUCGAGAAGACGAAACUCUAAACAGACAGAGCGCAUAAAACUGAAAUUGGAACUGGUGGCAGAGUAAAUAAACUUUCA